UCAAGCUCAUGUUGCUGCUCCUUGGUACAUAGCUGCUCUGAAUGAGCAAACUCCACAGAAAAGAUGAAAUUUGAAGAUCUCUUGCUGGAAAUUGGGGGCUUUGGCAGAUUCCAGAUUUUGAUUCUGGCUCUGCUCUGCCUCCCAAGAAUCAACCUUCCCAUGCAUUUCCUGCUGCACAAUUUUCUUGCUGCUACCCCCUCUCAUCACUGUGCAAUUCCACACCAAGAGGAAUUUGUGAAUCUCACCAUGGAGGAAGUUCUGCUUGUCAGCAUCCCUCGGAAACCUGAUGGCACGUUCAGCUCCUGUGAGAUGUUCUCACAACCUCAGUUUCACCUGCUGCUUAACUCCUCUCUGCAACCAGAAAACAAAUCCAUCAUCCAGCACUGCCAGCACGGAUGGGUCUAUGACCACUCACAGUUCACCUCCACCAUCUCCACCCAGUGGGAUCUCGUGUGUGAGCAGCGUGGGCUGAACCAGGCAACAGCAACCUUCUUCUUCAUCGGCGUCACGAUGGGGGCCAUGGUGUUCGGGUACCUCUCCGACAGGUUCGGACGGAAGACCAUGCUCCAGCUGUCCCUGGUGUGCUCUGUGGUUUUUGGGAUGCUGAGUGCUGCCUCCGUGUCCUACACGAUGCUGGCCAUCACACGGACCCUCACUGGGGUGGCCCUGAGUGGCCUGUCCCUGAUUGUCCUGCCUUUGGGGCUGGAGUGGGUGGACAUCCAGCACCGCACCUUCACCGGGAUCCUGAGCAGCAUCUUCUGGAGCAUUGGGAACAUGGUGCUGGCCCUGGUGGCGUACCUGGUGCGGGAAUGGCACUGGCUGCUGGUGGCUGUGACGGGACCUUGUGUCCUGAGCAUCAUCUGCGUGUGGUGGGUCCCGGAGUCUGCCCGGUGGCUCAUAGCCAAGGGCAAAGUGAAGCAAGCCCACAGGCACCUGCUCAGAUGUGCAAGAAUAAAUGGAAGGAAAGACUUUGCUGUCUCACCAGAGGCCCUCACAAGGAUGUCAGCAGACAAAAACAUGGGAGGGAAUUACUCCUACAUCAGCUUGUUCAGGACCCCAGUCCUGAGGAGGAUCUCUCUGUGUUCUGGCGUGGUGUGGUUUGGUGUUGCCUUCUCUUACUAUGGCAUGAGCCUGAACCUGACCGGCUUUGGGCUCAGCAUCUACCUCUCCCAGUUUGUCUUUGGCAUCAUUGAGAUCCCAGCCAAGAUGGUCAUGUACGUGCUGGUGAACCGAGUUGGGCGGCGGCCGAGCCAGGCAUGGACACUCAUCCUGACCGGAGUCUGCAUAGGAGCCAACAUCAUCAUCCCCAAGCCCUUCACCUCCCUGCGUUCAGUAGUGGCCGUUAUGGGCAAGGGUUUCUCAGAAGCUGCUUUCACCACUGUCUUCUUGUACACCUCGGAGCUCUACCCCACCAUUGUGAGGCAGAAUGGGAUGGGGUACACCUCGUUCCUGGCCCGCCUUGGAGGGGCCCUGGCCCCGCUGGUGUUCCUGCUGGACGAGGUGUGGCGGUCCCUGCCCGAGGUGACAUACUGCGGGGUCGCCGUGUGCAGCGGGGCCAUGGCCUUCCUGCUGCCAGAGACGCUCAACAUGCGCCUUCCCGAAGGCAUCGAGGACAUCGAGAAGCCACAAGUAAAAGUGCCACCAGAAAUCAGCGCUCCCCAGCAUGUACCACUGCAGGCUCUCCUGAAGUGAGGGACCCUGUGGGACAGCCACCGUGUAGGACUG